AUGGAAGGGCAGGAAAGCGAAAGGUUAGUGGUUAAAAUUUGGUUUUGGACUAGGAUGUUUGAUACUGGCCACUGUAUUUAUUUCUAAAAUAACCUUGUCUUUUAUUACAGCACAUCUAGUGAAAGUCAAAGUGGGACUAGUUCCGAUGAAUAUAUCGAAUUUAAGGUACUAAUAUUAAAGGCAAUUGUUAAUUUACCUCUGUUAAUUUACCGUCUUAUUAUUUUAUGUCAAAAUAAUAAAAGUUAUCGAAUAAUAACAACACAAUUUACAUAUUUCAUGUAAACCAAUAAGAUGGCCAUGCUUGUAUGUGUUCAAACGCAACUUAAAGAGUUGUUAACUAUCAAUAACGAACUGUAUCAAUUUUAUUAAAUUUUCUUCUAUAAUUCCCAUGCGAAAAUAAAAAAAGGAACCAGCAGACAUUAUUGUGAUUUCUGACAAUGAAGCAGCAUCAGCCAGGAAUGGUGAUGGUACAUCUUGUGACCCAUUGCCUGUUGGUGGUACGUCUUGCGACCUUUUGCCAGAGGAAAAGGAGGAUACACAUGCAUAUCUAAGGUAAUAGCAAAUGCCUUGAGCUGUCGAAAGUGUUCGAAAACCUUUUAUGCCCGGCCAAACUGGACAAAAGUGUCAAAAAAGCAACCUUACAGAGUUUGGAAAAAUGCAGCAUUUGUCAUUGAUCUUGGAGAUCAAGACCCAAUGAUGAUGAUUCGUAAUCUAGAAUCAGAUAACAAUGGGGCAUAUACAUGCAUGGGAACAAGAACAUCCACCUGGAAGACAGAAGAAAGUAUUGAUGAUUUUGAGGUACAGGAGUUUAGGAUGUUAUCCAACAGAAAUGACACCCUGACAACAUCAGAUCAAUAUCAUUUAGUUAGAAAGUACAGGCGUUUUAAUUCAUGCAAAGAUUUUAACAAAAUCAUUUCAUAUGCUAUUGAUAGAUGAGGCACUAUAAUGAACAAUGUUGCUUUUGUUCAAUAUUACUUUGAUAGUGAUGUAGAGAGGACGUUUGUAGUCAAACGGCAUGGUAAUGCUGUCUGUAUUAGUGCUCCAUACAAGAGCACCAAUGCAUCAACAAAAGCUAUUGUAAGAGAGCUAAUAAAUGUAGAUAAGUCUAAAACUAUACAUAGCAACUUAACAAAAGGAGUAGAAAAAGCAAGUGAAAUGGCGACUUCGUGUAGUAGACAAACCAUUUAUGACAUUAAUCGAUCAAAAAAGAAGAGGAAUGUGACAUUAGCAACGAAUGCCAUGAAUUUUUAUGACAUCAUUGCUAUGAUCAGAGAGCAAGAUGCGCAAAAAAUACUGAAAAUAGAUUUAUACGCUACAUUUCUGCAUACCCCGAUCCGGAACUCCUUCUUCUUGGUUAUGAUAGUCAAUUUCGUGAUCUAGAUAGGUUUUGCACAUCACCUGUUAAUUUUAGCAUUCUUAGCAUUGAUCCUACUUUUAACUUAGGUGCAUUUUAUGUGACGCCAAUGUCGUAUGAAAAUUUGUUUUUGGUAUCAAACAGAACGAAAAAACACCCAACAUUUCUUGGACCUGUACUGAUUAGCCAUAAUUUAGAUGAGAGUUGCUACAGCCAUUUAACUAUUGUAACAACACAGAAGUCACCAUUACUUGAAGAUAAUUUAAUUGCAUUUGGUACUGAUGGUGAGAAAGCUUUGUACAAUCAGUUUGGAAAGAAAUUUAAAAGUGCUGUACAUGUUUGCUGCAUAGGUCAUUUCAGAGAAAACUGUAAAACACACUUGAAAGGGGUUUCUCUUGAAAACCAGAACAAGAUUUUGAAUGACAUAUUUGGUAAAAAUAUUGAAGAUAUGCACACUAUGGUGGUCUGA